ACUGGUUAUACAGAUGGAGAAGGUAGCUUUUCUAUUCGUUUACGUACAAAAUCUAAUAGUCCGUUUGGUUUUCAUUUAAGUAUUGUAUAUUCUAUAUGUGCUGAGAUAAAUCCUUUAAACUUUAAAUUGUUGGAGCAAGUUAAGGAGUAUUUUGGUGGAGUAGGCUCAAUUAGCAGAUCAGGUAAUAUGUAUUAUUAUGAGGUAUCUUCUAUUAAA